CAGGAGGGACACUUUCCUGGUCCCCACUCCCCUCUCAAUCUCCAUCUCUGUGGGACCGGGCACCCACCCCUCAAGCCUUGAAACAUGGGGAAGGAGAAGGGCACAGGAUUGAGGAAAGGGGACCACCCUCUAUUCUCCCCAAUAGCCCAGUGAAUGGCCCUCUCCUGGGUCCUUGAAACCAUGUUGGGAGAACUGGAAAAUCCAGUUACCCAGCUUCCCCCUCCCCAUUCCCCCCAAACACCUCCGCUAAGGAUUGAAGGGGGUAUAGAAAGGCAGGCCUGGUCAGGAGAGGCCGGCCGGGGCUUCAGACAUCUCUUCUGUCCAUCAAGAAGCGAGGUGGCCAUGAUGGGGGCCAGGCUGCCCCUUUUCCUCCUCCUGACGCUCCUCGGCAGCUCACACGGAGCAGGGCCAGGAAUGACUUUGCAACUGAAGCUGAAGGACUCCUUUCUGUCAAAUGUCUCCUAUGAUUCCAGCUUCCUGGAAUUGCUUGAAAAGCUCUGCCUCCUCCUCCAUCUCCCAUCCGGGACCAACGUCACCCUCCAUCACGCAGGAUCCCCACAGCACGUCAUCUGCAAAGUCUGAGAGCAGUCGAAGCCUGUGCCCCACUUGGCCCGGGCAUUUGGCCCCCAAGGGUGUAGGGGGGCUGCCCUGAUCCUGUCUUCCAGCAGGCCCUCACCCUGCCAAGUGGCAUUAAAUACACAAAAUCCAAUGAUUCGACUUUGUGGGCUCAUGAGCAUAGGGCCAGAACUGGACGCCCAAGUCUCUGACUCCCCCUCUUGUUAAGCAGAGGGAUUCUGGGAUGGACCCUCUCUCCCUCAACACCAGUGCCUAAAGACCUAGAAAGAAUCUGGGGAAUUAGCUGUUUGGGGACACAUGUACCAACACACACAUAUGCAUGUACGUGAACACACACUUCAAGUGAGAUCUUCAGAACCCCUGGGAAAAAAGGAAACACACACUGAAUUCCUACUUAGUUCCAGACAUGAUGCCUUCUCAUUUUGAUGUUUGCGGCAAUCUUGAAUGUAGCAUGAUAGGUAUCAGUAUCCGAUUUUACAGAUGAGGAAAUUGAGGCCUCGAGAGGGUAAGUCCCUCACCUGAGUCCAUUAGCAGUGGAGAGGUCGACACCAGACAAAUGCCUUGGCUUAAACGAGAUUUUAAUUUCGUCUCUUUUUGCUUAAGCUUUGGGGCUGGGGGCUCAGGAAACCAGGGAUGUGGCAGGGAUGUGGACAGAACACCCCAGGACAUGGGCCCCUGACCCGGGGAUCCACACAGGUGGGUCAGGGUGGGAGGUGGGGUGGGAGGCAGCUCAGGUGAGAG